CGCUGCGCAGCUCCAGCGCAGCCUUCGUCCCAAAUCAAGUCCGCGCUGCUAAUAUACCCUGGUGGAGAGCGGCGCGGCGUCGGCCGCCUUUUAAGGAGAUGGUGCACGCCGUCAGGCAGGCAUCGCAGGGGGAGGGAGGAGCAGCAGGAGGAGGAAGAAGAAGAAGAAGAAGAAGAAGAGCGAGCCAGGGCCGAAAGUGUCUCCAAGGCGGCAGAAGAGGAGCAAGUCCGCAGGAAAAAGUGCAGGACGGAAGGCAGGACGAUCCGCGUUGGGAUCAGCGGCAGCGGGGAGCCGGAGGGAAAG